CAAAGCCCCUCCGACCACAUUUCAAUUCCUAUCAAAAUUUAAAAUAAUGCUAGAAAAUAUAACAUAAUACCAUGGGAGGUGGCGCUCAUAAACGGACAGUUUCCAUUUUUUGAAUUUACUGAUCGCUAAAUAUCACAAUCAACACGUUCAGUAUAGCAACCAUCUGACGUAUUCAAUGCAAUUAUCUUUACUGUUGACCGUGCGCUUUCAGAACCUCUCUGGAAAAUUUGACUGGUCAUUGGACAUAAAAUUUAUUCGGGUCCAAACAUUCACCGCGAAUCAUGAACAGUUGUCUUGUCAUGAUAACAAGUUUCAAAAUCUUUCAUUGGGAUCGAUUUAGUACCGAGCAUUUCUGCAUUGUAAUGUGAUUUGGAAACCAGUAUAUCCCACUGUUGCUAGCUGAAACCUAAGAAACAUUCAAUCUGCAUUCUUUGUUGGAUCAGCCGUGUAUAAGAAAUAUGAACACAUGUUUCUCCUUUCUUAAUGUCAAUGGUACUGGCGUUUUCCAGAGCCCUAUGCUUCUAUCUAGCAUAAGGAGUCAAUAUCCAUCGCUUAAUGGGAUGCCUUUAAAUGCUGCAAUAGUCACACGGAAAUAUCAUCAGUUUGGAUCCUUUCAUGUGUUGCCAGGACUCAGACUUGCAUGCAUUGAGAAUCAUGUCAGCACUAAGAAGAAAAUCUCUUUCAAGGUAAAAAGUAAAAUAUGUGCAGCCCUUAAUGCCGCGGAGUACAGGAGGAUGAAGAGUGAAAGUCAAGGGACGUUAGUUGAUAAUGAAGAUGAUACAGAUCUAUGCCCCGUAGAUUGUGUUAAAGAAUUCAGGAACGAUGCAGAAUUGAAUGAAAUUCUUGAGGCAGCCAAGGAAACAGACUCUCUAGUGGUGGUGGAUUUUUACAGAACAGCUUGUGGAAGUUGCAAGUAUAUCGAGCAGGGUUUCAUGAAGUUAUGCAAAGGAGCUGGUGAUAAGGAAGCUUCAGUCAUUUUCUUGAAACACAAUGUCAUGGAUGAAUAUGAGGAGCAGUCAGAGGUGGCUGAACGCUUAAAAAUUAAGGUUGUGCCGCUCUUCCACUUUUACAAAGAUGGGAUAUUGGUAGAUGCUUUUCCUACUAGAGAUAAGAAGAAACUCAUCGACACCAUUCGUAAAUAUGCCUCAAGAUCUAUAGAACUCACAGAAGAAUGAAGAUAUUUUAUUCUAUUUUAUAUCUUGUAUUUUUUAUACUUUGGGUGCUUCUUGGUUUCCUCCUUGACUUUGUGCUUCUUGUCUCUUUGACCUAUUUUGUUCAUUCACAAAUAUUAAUAUUUAAGGUUCUAUGGUUUCAUCCUUUUACUUUA